GUUUGUUUUGAAAAUUGGAUGUCGGUAUUGUUUUUGUCAAAAGGCCAGAAAAUAGAAAUGUUUUACUGAAAAACAAAGCUAAUUAAUGAAGGUCUUCCGCAGAAUAAAAGCGUACAUUACUCCGCAACACCUAAAGAAUCAAUAUUGUGUUUCUAAAAUUUAUUGUGAGAAAAUGGCGGCGACAAAAACUCUAGCAGACCUAGGAUACGCAUUCAACUCAGAAGGUCAAUUGAGAAAAAUUUGUGCCGAUGGAAAGAUUACAGAUGAGCCAUUUCAGUUCAACAUCAGCAAGGACCACCAGCAGUGUCAAUCCCACUAUGAGACAUUGGGAGAAGCUGUAACAGAAUAUAUUUACCAGCUGUUGGAGACCCAGGAGAACCUAGUGAGGCUACCGGUUCCCAAAGAUUCUACUGAAGAUUUUGGUACAUUCAUAUUCACUUCCAAGGAUUAUGACAAGAAACCUGUUGUCAUGGUGCUAAUUCAUGGGUCUGGAGCGGUGCGGGCCGGUCAGUGGGCGAGAUCUCUAAUAAUAAACGAAAAUUUGGACAUGGGCACUCAGAUACCUUACAUAAAAGAAGCUACUGCCAGGGAUUACGGCAUAAUUGUUCUGAACCCCAAUGACAAUACAAGGAAUGAUAAAAUCAUAAUGAACAGCUCAAACUCAGAGGAGCAUAGCAAGUAUGUUUGGGAGCACUACAUAAGGCCAUGUUCUGCGACCAGUAUUGUCAUCGUCGCCCAUAGCUUCGGCGGCUACUUGACAUUGAUGCUCUCGGACAUGUUCAGAACUGACUUUGAACAGAGAGUCAAAGCAGUUGCCCUCACAGACUCUGUUCAUCGCUACUCGAGGGUUAAAAUGAAUGUUUAUUUAAAAACGAUAGCAAAGAAUUGGAUUUCCAGUUCCUCUCCCCUGGACACACCAAUUAACACCCCAGAGUAUGAUGUACUGAGACUUUCUGCAGGUCAUCCUAAACAUGAGAUGACUUCAUACUGCUGCAUGUCAUCUGUUUUUAACUUCAUAGAAGAGAAACUUGGACAGAAAUAAACAUUUGACAUUAUAUAAUAUUUAGUAAACCCAGCAACAAGGUACCCAAAUUAUAAAAACUACUUUUUGGUAAAAUAAAAAAAAAACAUUGCAUUAUAGACUGCUCAAAAAGAAUGAAAUUCCAGAUCAAGCUUU